UUUUUUUUUAUAUAUAUAUAAUAAUCAUCAUCAUUAUCAUGUUAUUUUGUAAAUCUUUAUCAAUAGAUCUAGUAGAACCUGUAGUCUAUUUACAUGGUCCUAAAGAUCAUCAUACUAUUAAUAUUUUACGUGGAGUUAUUCGAUUACAACUUGCAAGACCAAUACAUAUGGAAUCAGUGACGAUCCAGUUUGUUGGGAUUUCCAAAACACUUUGGCCUGAAGCAUCACAACAUUGGGAUAAACAAAUCUUAGUAGAUUCUAUUAUUCCUAUUUGUCGUACACCGAUGUAUCUGAAAAAAGGAACACAUGCUUUUCCUUUUGAGAUUUUAUUGUCCAAUGCAUUAUCAGAAUCGAUCGAAUGUGGUUUAGGUCAUGUCCGAUAUAAAUUGAUCUGUCAGGUGCAUACUCAACCAACAUGGACACCCAAACAUUGGUCAUUAUUAUUUCAUCCUCAUCAUCAACUACGUGCUAAACAAUCAGUCAUCCUUGUUCGAUUACCACCACAAGAUACACCUCGAUGUAUCACUCAAACUCAUCAUAUUACUACGAAUGAUCAAUUAAAUAUGGUACUCGAAACUGCUCAUUUAACACCUGGUGCAUCUUUACCAUUAUCCUUACAUCUUUCCGAUCCUAGUAUCAUACAAUCACUUGAUAAUUUGACCGUUAAAUUAAUCGAAAGACAAAAAUUCCGCGCUCCUUCCAAACAAACCACUCGUAUUUUACAUCAUGAAAUCACUCUUCAACAAUCAUCAUCGUCCACUGAAGAAUGUAAUGAGACUCGUUUUAUUUAUCAAAUUCCAGAUUCAAGGUCUCUUCAAGUACAUCCAACUACUACCAAUCGUAUCAUCCGUGUACGACACUGGAUUCAAGUCUCUUUAACCUUAACCUUGACCAAUGGAGAAACAAAAGAUUUAUGGAUGGAUACUCCCAUUUCUGUUUUAUUAUCUUCUUUGGAUGAUUAUCAUACUUUACCUGUUUAUCAACCUACCAUCCAUCCUCCACCUCCUCCACCUCCACCUCCUCCUCCUUCUAACUCAAAAAAGAAAUCUACUUUAUUACCUAGUCAAAAUAAUCAUCAAGAUAAAAAAAAGAAGAAUAAGAAAAAAAAGAGAAAACCAAACACGUGGAUUUCCAAGCUUUAUGCUCGUCAUAAGGAGAUGUUUCGUUCACCCUCAUCCAUCUUCUUUUCGCCACUGUCACCUUCCUCCUCUUCCUCCUCUUCCUCAUCAUCAUCAUCAUCAUCGCCACCACCUCUCUAUCAAGAACUCGAUAAUUAUCCUUCCUCUUCUCACUCUCCCAUACAAAGAUGACAACAUAUCCCUUCUAUUCCCCCUUGUUUUUC